GCGCACUUGCGCACUGGUAGCCGCGGCGCAGUGCUGCUUGGCGGCGCCGGCGCCGGGAAGGAGCGGCCAUGGGCGGGCAGACGGCGGGGUCGCCGCGGGCCAGGUAGCAGAGGGGCGGCGGGCCCGUGGCCUUAACCCGGCAUGUAGACGGCCAGCGCGCGGCAGCGGACGGCAUCGGCAUUUUUCUCAUUUAUCGAUUAUGGAAAUGGAACGAGAAAAGAUGAACGUGAGUAAGGAGUUGAGUCCUGACUCAGCCUCGUACCACUGCUCAGCGUGUCAUGGGGAUGAGACCUGGAACUACAGUUACCCCAUCCGGGGCCGGGCAAAGUCUCGGAGCCUGUCAGCCUCGCCUGCCCUGAGCAGCACCAAGGAGUUCAGGAGGACGCGUUCUCUCCAUGGGCCGUGCCCAGUGACCACGUUUGGACCAAAGGCCUGUGUACUGCAGAACCCCCAAACCAUCAUGCACAUCCAGGACCCUGCAAGCCAGCGGUUGACAUGGAACAAAUCUCCCAAGAGUGUGCUGGUCAUCAAAAAGAUCCGUGAUGCCAGCCUGCUGCAGCCCUUCAAAGAACUCUGCAUGUACCUCAUGGAGGAAAACAGCAUGAUCGUGUAUGUGGAAAAGAAAGUGCUGGAAGACCCUGCUAUCGCAAGUGAUGAAAAGUUUGGACCAGUGAAGAAGAAGUUCUGCACUUUCCGUGAAGAUUAUGACGACAUUUCCAACCAGAUAGACUUCAUCAUAUGCCUGGGAGGCGACGGCACCCUGCUCUAUGCCUCCUCGCUCUUCCAGGGUAGUGUGCCUCCUGUCAUGGCCUUCCACCUUGGCUCCCUGGGCUUCCUGACCCCGUUCAACUUUGAGAACUUCCAGUCCCAAGUGAACCAGGUGAUAGAGGGGAAUGCAGCUGUUAUCCUGAGGAGCCGGCUGAAAGUCAGGGUGGUGAAGGAGCUCAGAGACAAGAAGACAACCGUCCACAAUGGCCUUGGCAAGAACGGCAUGGACACAGAGGGCGGGAAGCAUGCCAUGCAGUUCCAGGUUUUGAACGAGGUGGUGAUUGACAGAGGUCCCUCCUCAUACCUGUCUAACGUGGAUGUCUACCUGGAUGGACACCUCAUCACCACUGUGCAGGGCGAUGGAGUGAUCGUAUCCACCCCGACGGGCAGCACAGCAUAUGCAGCCGCAGCCGGAGCCUCGAUGGUCCACCCCAACGUGCCAGCCAUCAUGGUUACACCCAUCUGUCCCCACUCGCUGUCAUUCCGGCCCAUCGUGGUCCCUGCAGGGGUCGAGCUGAAGAUUAUGCUGUCACCAGAAGCCAGAAACACCGCAUGGGUAUCUUUUGACGGACGGAAGAGGCAGGAAAUCCGCCAUGGAGACAGCAUCAGCAUCACCACCUCCUGCUACCCGCUGCCCUCUAUCUGUGUGCGUGACCCUGUGAGUGACUGGUUUGAGAGCCUCGCCCAGUGUCUGCACUGGAAUGUUCGGAAGAAGCAAGCUCACUUCCCAGAAGACGAGGAUGAGAAUGAGGAUGAGGAGGACAGCUAGACCACACUUGCCAGGCUUGCCUAAGCCCUUGGGGGAGCCUUUCUGCUCCUGCUUUCCAGAUGGCCCUCUGGCUGACCUGGCCUUGACAAGCCACAUGCUGUCCAGACUGCUGCAUCCUUACCUGCCUUGCAGGGAGAGCCUGGUUCUGCCUUUUUGCAGAACAGAUCAGCUUUUUGAUGUUUUUAAAUCUUUCUUUUUCAUUUCUAAAGAAGCAAAGUAAGAACUGGGCUGGGCAUCCUGUACAUCCCUGGUGGACCCGUCAAGAUCCCAGGUCAGGAACUUCUAAAAAUCAGUCCUUUGGAAUUCUGAGGGUCAGAAUGAAUUAAUCUGCCCUUUGAUACUGAAAUAAAUGUCUCGGCCAAAAAUCUUCCUUUAGCUGCAAUGCUUUCCCCAGGGCGUAUACUUUUUUUCUCUGCAAUUCUUGGGGUCACCUGGUGGUUUUACUGGGGGUCAAGGCAGGCUUGCUUUGCUGGUUUCUGGAGAUGUCCAGGUGCCUUGGUCUAGCCCAAAGCCUCCAGCUCCUCUUCCAGAGCAGUCAGAGGCAACCUGGCCUGGCCAACCCACAUUCCACACACAGCAGGGCAGCAGCCCCUGGGACAUUUUAAAUCCUGUGUAUACUUUUUAGAGAUUAUUUUAAACUUUCAGAAGUGCUUAUGUACAUAUUUUCUUGUACACACUUUGUGAAGAUUUAGAGGGACUGCCUGUUGUCCAGUGUUUACAUUGUGUCCAGCCUGGUACAGACAGUCCAGGGCAGGGCUCUGGGCUUCCACUCUCUUGUUAUACAGUGGCCACAUGGACUUUGAGAACAACUCACUACUGACGCCAGGCCUGUGGGCCUGCACUUCUUCCACAAGAGUUAGGUUUGCAGCUAAGCAGCAGCUACACAGAGACCUGUAUGCACCAGCUACAUGUAACACAAUUGCAGGUGGCACACAGGCCCUGGAACUGGCAUGGAGUUUGGUCAGCCCAGGCCCUGCGUGGUCCUCCAUGAAGGGUCUCAGGUAUCUGCUUUGAGUUUAGAUUAGCAGGAGCACAAAGGGAGGACUGCCCAUUAUUGGACUGACUUCCAGAGAGAAGGGCCUAUGGGCUACUGGAGAGCUGGCCACCCUAAGCCGCCUUCUGCCUGUUAGUGUCAGGACCCACCAUCUCUUUGGGCCCUGGUUGACACCUUAGCACCUGUGGAGCCCUGAGUGUGGUCUGGCUUCAGUGUGUGGCUUGUCCCCAAGGUCUGUGCUGUUCAUGCAUGACUGUGAGCCUAGCAGAGCCCUGCUGUGAUCCAGAGAAGAGCAGGGUCUGGAGCUGGGUCAU